UGCAUCAGUCCCCACUCCCCACCCAUAAUUCUAGGGUUGUGUCACUCUCUCCCGUCGGAGAGGUGAGAUCCGGGCGUCGAUGGAGGCGAGCUCGGGUCCUAGCCGGAGUUCCAGCCAGGAGCCGGAUGGCCCAUGCGACGGAGCGGACCGCCUCAGCGCCCUCCCCGACGACCUGCUCCUCGACGUCCUCGCCCGCCUCCCCUGCGCCGCCGCCGCCGCCCGCACCGAAGUCCUCUCCCGCCGGUGGCUCGGCCUCUGGGCCGGCCUCCGCCAGAUCGUCUUCCGCGGCGUGGCCCUCCCGUCGCUCGAGGCGGCGCUCGGCCGCGUCGAUCUUCCCCUGCCCGCGGUUUCCCUCAUCAAAAUCCGCGUCCCCAUCAAGCAGCAGCGUCCCCAUCAACCCGCCCCCAAGGACAAGGAGCACUGGAGAGACAGCGCCGGCGUCCCCAUCAACUCGCUGCUCCGCGCCGCCGCGCGGCUCGAGCCGGAGAAGCUCGACUUCCGCAUCCCCUCCGGCAUAAGCGAGCGCGCCCUCGCUGUCGACCUGCCUUGCUUGCCCCGCGCCACCUUCAUCGCGCUCAACUUUUCCUCCCUCUUCUCCCUCGCCGCCGUGCCGGCCGGCGCCGAGUUCCCCGCACUCGAGACGCUGUCCCUGGCGGAAUGCAUCACCGACCUCGGCGGCUUGCUCUCCUGCUGCCCGCGCUUGCGCACGCUCCGCCUCAGCAGGGCUGUGUUCCCUGACUGCGUCAUUAGGGUCGUCAACUCGCCUCUGCUGCAGGAGCUUGUCGUGGAAUGCGAGGCCAGAUUGACACAGCGUGUCGUCAUUGUUGCUCCCGAGCUUAAGCAAUUGACCAUCUCAUUUACAUCGGUGGUGGCGGUUAACAUCACCGUCUUGGCGCCAGUGGUGGAGAAGAUUUCAUGGCAGUGCUGCUACUUGGGGCCGUAUAUUGUGUUUGGUCUUUGGAGCCUGAGCAAACUGCGGCUACAGUCGGCGGAGAGACAAGGAGAGCCAACGACGCUGUACAUUUAUGCCUGCGUCGACCCGUCUCCUUUUCGCGCUCAGGUGCACAACUUUAGGCGGGAGAUACAGAGGCACAUGGUUGCUGCCUUCUCCGUUUUCGAGCUACAUCUCACAGCCAAGGGGCAUGCUUUCGGAGCGUUUGUGGUUCAUCAUCUCCUUGGGAUGGAUCGAAUUAGUACUGCUACUCGGAGGCUUAAGGUCGUCCUACAUAGAUCAGAGUUGAGAGAAGUAUGCCCGACACACUGUCCUUGUGAGUCUCCGAACUGGAGGUCCCAAACUAUCUCCUUGGAUGCUCUCGAGGAAGUGGAGUUCAAUGGAUUCGACGGAGUGGAUCAUGAGUUUGAUUUAUUGGAAUUGAUACUUGGAUGUGCACCGAUGCUAAAAAGAAUGAUUGUCAAGCUGUCCGAGGAGACCUCGGCAAGUAAUGAUGGAUGCGCAAAGAUAGUCAACAUCUUCAAGCAGGCAUCUUCUUCUGUGGAAUGUAAUGUUUAUCACAGCUCGGGGAUAAUGUACAGCAGCCAAAAUUGCCCUUCGACAUGAUUGUCAACCUUAGGUCUGUCGAUCCGUGGUGCACAUUCACAAGAUCAUCCUUUGGUCUGUGGAUUCGUCGCGCGCUGCGCAUUGACAGGGUCUCGGGACUUUGCUUUGUUGCUUGAACUGAUCAUCUGGCGUGUUCUUUUGCCAGUGUACUGUACUAGCUAUAUACAAGGUGCACAGUUAUAUGUUUGUGUGGUUUCUGUGACAUUUGACUAUUGAAUUAAUGCACUCUACCUAUGUCGUGAA